CGAUAUUGAUUGGAAUCCUUUCAAAGGAAGCCUUCAACCAAAUACUUGGCUUCUCUUUUGAUAUGAACAACGAGGAAGUUGCGACACACUUUGUAGAUCUUCUAAAAGCAACAACCUUUAUACUGGAUGAGGAAACCUUGAGGUUCUUGUAUGAUUCCACAAGCCAAUCCUUUCCAUUGUAUCAACUUGUUGCUCAACUAGUUGACUAUCCGGAACAUAUGAUCUCUGUUAAUGCUCGUUUGGCUACCCUAAAAAUAUAUCAGUUGCAAGAUAAAGAACUAGAGCAGUUUUUGCAAAACAGCACUGUGAGCAAGGAGUUUCUGCAGCAGCGUAUAAAUCAGCUAUUAACUUGUUCAAGGAAUAUGAUCGAUUUUUGGAAAGAAGAAAGAGAAGAACAAGAGCCAUAUCAUCUAAGUAAUCUAUGGACACGUUUCAUUGAAAAUGUUGAAUAUUUGCUCGAUCUUGUGCUGGUUUUAGAACCCCGCUUUCAUAUUCAUCUAUUAGAAAGAUUAGACAGUGAGUUGAUACAAGUAUUUAUCAACUGCAUACUGGAUACCCAAGGCAAGAACAAAGAGCCUAUUUUUCCCAUAUUGAUAGAACUGAGUGUAGUAUUUCAGCAACUUUUGGAAAAGUCCGACAAGUCGGAGACUAUCUUUGAUUACUUCUUUUGUAAUUCUGCAUUUUGCAAGCAAUGUAAACCAUUCGUAGAAGCAGUUAUGGGAUAUAUGCAGAAAUCUUCGGAUGAAAUGAUUAUCUAUGCUUGUUCUAUUCAGUUGGAAAUUUGUCUGAAUUGGUUUAUCCAGUGUCUUUCUAGAAUAACUUCACAGAUCAAAGCAAAGACUGUUCCUUCAAAGUCAUCUUUGAGUUCACGAAAUGUGAAACCCAAAGAUGAUAAACAGAAGGAAAGACCAGUUCCAUCUAUAGAGCAUCUUUGGGAUAGAAAUGGUUUGGCAGAGUUAGUAUGGACUCAUUGUCUUGCGCGGUUUUUACGAAAGGAUGCUGAAAUGUUCUUACAAUUGAGUUGGAGAUGUUUGCGAUCAUUUGGACGGAUUGCCUUACAUUUGAUAGAAUUGUGCAGCUCAUCGCAACUUAAGCGGAGUAUUGUGAAGGCCUUGUUGUUGCAACUCAAUGAGGAAUUUUCGCUGCCUGAAUCAGCCAAGUUUUCAUAUCGUUCAUAUCACUUGAUGGAUCUUUUGGUUCCUUUGGCAGGACCUUAUUCUUGGAAGGAUCUUUUACUGGACAAAGAAAUCUUUCAUUCUCAGUUACUCGGCUCUGUUAUGAAAGACUUGAAUGAUGUUCAUUGUCUACUAGCGAACAAAUGGCCUGUAGAAGAAGCCGCAAAGUUUGAGUGUCUUUAUACAGUGGUUCGAGUAUUUAUUUGUGUUCGGUUGAUAGAUGGGGUUUCGAGUAGGUAUUGGUUGAGAGAUCUUCGUAAACUUUUAAAAGGUCAAUAUCGAGUUAUGUUAAAUUUGGAAGAGUUUUUGAGAAAAGGAGGAAUUUUACAGGAAAUCUUGCAGGAAGAUGUAGAGACUGCCAAGUAAAAUGUAUUUCGAGUCAAUACUGAGAAUUGUCAAACAUUUCUGUUGAACAUUUUUUAUGAGUUGAAAAGGAAUACGUUUCAGUUAUGACGACACCUUUUCUUCUAUUCUUGGCAUACAAAAUUGACUAGCAAUUUGUAAAAAAAUUAUAGUGCAGAGGAACCAUAAACUACUCAGAGAGAUACAAUUUCAGUCAAAUACGAAAGGUCAUAACAAGCUAAGAGCACUACAUAUUAUUUGGCAGAGCUCGUAGAAGAAUGAGUUACAGGCUGACUGCCACCGCCGACGUCCUCAACCGAACUACCAACUUCACUCGAGGAGCCCAACUCCUUAUCAAUUUCGUAAACCAAAGGAACCACUAACACAAGGGCGGAAGUUGCACCAAUCCAAGCCAGAUUGCCGGUAAAGCGCAAAAGUCUUUUAGAAUAAUGUGUCACUGACUCCACAAUCUCCGCAGUACGCUGAUAAGUAUCUGAUUCGGUUAUCACUUCUUUAAAUUCUUCAAAGCGAGCCUGAAACUUCUCUAUAGCUGUUGGCUCUUUUGGUUCCAGAAAAGCAUCUUCAGUUAGCUCAAACAGUUUGGGCAUCUUCAAUAUGCGCAAAUGAUUCGUCGACGG